AUGUCGACGCAACAAGAAAUUUAUACUGGGAUCUGGGUGAACUGGUCUUACGGCAAGGUUCACGGGUCCACAAUUACCCUAUCGCCCGAAGGUAGUGCCUACUUUAUCGCAUUCAUUGCUCUCUUUGUCAGACUCGUCGGCAGCCAUCUAUGGACGAACAUAGCCUUCACUACAUCACUCAUUCGCUCAAGCAGACCGCGAGAUGGACUCUAUCACCAGCAGCAAGCUAUUCUCCGCAACUCCUCUUCGCCCGCAAGUGUCACCUGGGACACACUCAAGCUAGCGUGGUUCUGGAACGGCUCUGCCCCUGGAGCUAAAUCACGAACUCUGACUUUCGCUUUCUUCAGUCUGAGCUACAUAAUCGCCUUUACAGCAGCCGGUAUUUUCUCAUCUAAGAUAUCAUCCACAAAUUCAGAGGUCCUCCUAGUGUCUGGUCAGAACUGUGGGCUUUGGGAUGACGAGACUCUCGGCCCAGCUCCCGACUAUUCAUCAAGUGCUUACCAGGCCUGGCAGUUCCAGGGAAUACGACUCGAAACCAACAUUAACCAGGCUUUUAGGAGUGCUCAUUCAUACGUGUCCCAGUGUCACGAUAGCAAUGGCACAGUCAAUGUUGGAGAUGCAAGUUGUCUACCUCUAGGUAGAGAGACUAUAGCAUGGACUAGUCAAGUCGCCGACUGCCCUUUCGAUACCCACUUAUGUAUUGCAGACGCGAUACAAUUCGAUAGUGGCUUUAUCAACUCGCAUACUCAUCUGGGCAUCAAUGCUGGCAGUGAGGAUCGGAUCGAAUACCGUCGGGUAACGACGUGUGCGCCAAUCACAACUGAAGGCCAUGUCUCAAAUUGGGUCAACGCAACAGAGGCUGGCUUCACUAUUGAUGACGGAGGUUGGAUGGAUGGUGAGACUUUGUUGAAAUACGCAUAUGGUCAGAACUAUUUAUUCAGCAACAACACGACGUUUGCCUACAGUAACUACACAUGGGGUUUUCUUGUGGGUUACUGGAGCGAGCCUAAUAUAUACAAGCUGGACAUUGAAAUCUCCCUCGCGGAUCCUAACAACCCUAAUAGUUUGGCAGGAGCAACCUUCACAGCAUUGCCGACACUAUCUCGAGAAGACGCCGACACUGUACUUGUAUUCCUCAGUAUCAACGGCACAUCCCUAGUCCGAAUCGACGAUCCAUGGCUAAAAUAUACAACUGAGGUUGAAGCUUUCAAAGUGAACUCCAAUGGGACGACAACCCCCACGAUGACAAUGUAUCGACGCAAUGCACCCGUGAAUGUAGUUGCUUGCGCUGAGCAACACCAACUUCGCAAUCCCAGAACAGGCGCUACAAGUCGGUUAGGCGGCAUGGAAGUCAACACAUAUCCUGUGGCUGACUCGCUAGGGUUCAACCAGAAUCAAUUGCUGACCUACAACCGCAGCUUCGUGGUCGGAAGUAAGGCUGGUCUGACAUCUGUUCUCUAUAACCUUGGCGGCUCAGCUCUGCUCGCCAACGCCAACCAAUACGGCCUCACCACAACAAAUCUGUCGUCUAAGCAAUGGCAGAUAGAGUUUGACCAUUUCUUCGGUGUCUCCCUCAACAGUCUACAGCUGUGGUGA